CAAGUCAUCAAAUGCUCUCAAUAAUCAAACAACUCCAAUAAUUAUAUUUCCUCAAAACACUUCAAAUAAAACUUUAAAUUUGGUAUCCCGUAAAGAGAAAAUGGAUUAUUCAUCUAAGAAUCAACAAGAAACAAGUCAUAGUGAUGCACAAGAAGAGAGUGGAUGGACAGCUUAUUUGGAGGAUUUUUCAAUGGAACAUAAUAAUAACACAUGUUAUGAGGAUGAUAAUAGUUUUGGAAGCCCCUCUUUGUUGUCUGAUGCUGCUUGGAAGAAUUGUAACAUGAACAAUGAUCAUGUCAUGAGUAAUACAAAUAAUUCUCCCAACUAUAUUAUGGGUACUGGCUCACCAUUUUUAAAGAGAUUGAAUUUGAAGAAACCAAGAAACAAGAAAAUCUCUGAUCCUGAUUUAGAAGACACUGCUAGCUCACCUGUCAAUAGUCCUAAGGUAAGUAGUUUUAAUAAGCAGAUGAACAUCAAUUACCGAAGAGCAGACAACAAUAAUGGAAAUUUUCUGGGAUUUGAAGGUGGCUCUAGACAACAUCAAGAAAUGGAGAUAGUAGACAGAAAUAGUACUAUGUGUCUUGAUGAAAAGAACAAAAGCUAUAUGGACCUCAAGAAGAAGGGACUUUGUUUGGUGCCUUUGUCCAUGUUGGUCAACUAUAGAGGCUGAUGUCUCCUUUCGUUUGCGCUGGGUGUUUCCGUUGGACAAACAUAUAUGUUAGUUAUUGAAAAUAUGAUUUCGAAAAUGGCUUUGGUUUAGGUUCAACUUCUCACUUUACAUUAGCGAAAUUAUAUAUUAAAAAAGGUCAAUUUAAUUCCUCUUU